ACACACAUUUACGUUUAUUUUAUCAAUUUUUAAAGAUGCGUUUCUCUAUUAUUGCACUUGCAUUUUUAUUCACUAUUUUAAGUAUUGUUCGCGCAGAGGUGGCUAUGAGCUAUCCCUCUACUCAAUUGGUAAAGAAUAGAUAGAUUGUUUUUUAAUGCUUUGUAUAGAUUUAAAUAUUUUCAAAGUAUUAACCCUAAUAUUAUAAUAUCCCUUCUUUUAGUUAACCGGUGAUAAUAUUGAAGAAGAACUAACUCGUCGAAUUACUUUUAUGCGACGUACUGAUGAAGAAAAUGGACACACAAAAGCAUCUGGUAGUCAAUCUGAAAAUGCUAGUUCCCCAACUGUUAGUUCAGGAAAUGAUGGUGAUCAUGCUACUGGUAGCAAAAAAGAAAAAGAAACUCAUUCCUCUCCAGCUAAUGAACCAGCAGCUAAAAAGACAACUACUACUGCCAAAAAUAAUAAGAAUGGUAGUUUCAAUAGCCCUACUAUCUUGCAAGGUGGUACCUUCUUUUACAUUGCCAUUAGUGUUACUACUUUCCUUUGGAUUACUGGUAAAGCCAUUGAUAUCCAAAUGAAUCGUCAAGAGCGUUAUGCUGAAAAAAUAGCCAAUAGUAUCUAAAUCUUUCCUAUUUGACAUAUCCAUCAUACAUAUCUAUAACAUGCAUACAUACACUUAUUACUUUCCCUCCCUCUUAUAUAUAUAUAUAUACCUUUAGAAGAGCGAACUAUAUUAUUCAUUUCCCUCAAAGAUAACAAACAAACUUGUAUUGACUUCAAAUUAUCCCAAUUUUAUUAUUAUCUCUAAUGUACGCAUAUUCCCUAACUCUAUCAGUCUCGCUUUACUCCACUUUUCUAUAUAUAUUUAUUAUACACAUUAUUGAUUAUUAACUGUAUAAUUUCUUAUUUUCUAUCAUAUCAAUCAAAAAUAAAUAAACGCUG